AUGUUUGGAACGCAAUCUCUUUUUAAUAUAGGUAAAAAAUCUAAAAGAAAAUCGAAAGACGAAUCGAGUGAAAAGUCAGCGGCGGUCGUGCCAAACGAAGCGCCAAUAACAAGAACAUCUGAAUCAUUACUUCCUAAUCAUCCAAAAACAAGAAGGAAAACAUUAAUGUCAAAAGUUGCCCCUAACAUAGAUAUUGACUCCUCAGAUGUCACAACAAACUCAACAGUUUCCCAAGCUCCAAUUGCAACAAAUUCAAACAAUUCUGCUACGGCAAAUAUCUCAAGUACUACGACAUCCACUACUCCUUCACACGACUCGUCUAGGAGGCCGGCAAAUAAAACGCCAAUUAGCGUAUUUUCAGAUUCUGAUUCUUCAGACGAUUCAACUUCAGUAGUAACUACAGUAUUUACACGAGAACGAGAAACACUAGAUCAAAUAAUGUUUUCUCCCACAUCUCUUAUACCAUUAGCUAAUGCUAUUCAACUUAAAUUUGAUAUGAAAUUUUCAGAAGGCUUCCCAGCUUUGAUUGAUGCCUCUCUUCAAGCUAAUUCAUCAAGAUACUCUCAAAAAAUUGAUGAUUCAGAACAAGUUAUCUCAGAAGUCGAAACAAUGACAAAAGAAUCAAUGGAACUCUGUAAUCAGCUUGCAGACAAAACCAAUGACAUAGAAACAAAAGCUGAUGUUACUUUAGGCACAAUGAAAAAGACUCACGCGAAAUUAAACUCAUUAAUUGACGCAAAGCUAUCUAUUUCGAUUUAUUUGAUACUGUUCAUAUUCUUUGUGUUUAGAUCUAUUAUUAGCGUCUUAACUUACGUCGGAACCUUUGUUGGCGGUAUUUUCAAAGCAAAUAUCGCAACAAAACGAGAAGAGAGGAAAAAGAAAGAAUAA